CAAAACCUUCCACCCUCUCAACAAUUUCAAAAUGGAUUGGAGCAGAGGUCCAGCGAUUGGCCGAGGCUCAACCGCCACCGUCUCCCUAGCUGGAUCCACUCGGACUGGUGAUGUCUUCGCCGUGAAGUCCACCGAGCUUGCCCUGGCGGAUUCCCUUAGAAAGGAACAAGAAUUUCUAUCCACAUUAAGUUGUCCUCAAAUUGUGUCAUACAAGGGGUAUAGCAUUUCAUCGGAAAACGGUAAGCUCCUUUACAAUUUAUUCAUGGAAUACGUACCCGGUGGCACCCUUCACGAUGAAAUCAGCAGGCAUGGUGACUGCUUGCCGGAGGUGACCGUCCGAUUAUACACUCGUCAAAUUCUGCUUGGUUUGGAGUACCUUCACUCCAACGGAAUAGUGCAUUGUGACAUCAAGGCGCAAAACGUCCUGGUUACCAAUUCCGGGGUGAAAAUUGCUGACUUGGGUUGCGCCAGGCGGGAUGAUGAUGAUGAGAUGUCAUGUGCUGAUUCGCCUAUCGCAGGAACGCCUGUCUACAUGGCACCUGAAGUGGCGCGCGGUGAACAACAGGGCUUCCCGGCCGACGUUUGGGCUCUGGGAUGUACGGUCGUCAAGAUGGUCACCGGGAAGGUUCCCUGGGCCAACGACGUUUCCGACCCGGUUUCCACACUGUACAGAAUUGGAUUCUCAAGCGAUGUACCGGAGAUUCCAAGCUUGAUACCGGACGAAGCCAAGGAUUUCUUGGGAAAAUGCCUGGACAGAGACCCGUCGGAGAGGUGGCCGGUCGGAAAACUUCUGGGACAUGAUUUUGUGAAGGAAAAAUCAAAUCUUGUUUUCAAGGAAAUCAAAGGGUCUAACUUGGAAACACCCACUAGUGUUCUGCAUCAAAAAUUCUGGGAUUCCAUGGUGGAGGCAGAGGAAAUCCAGAAUCUGACAAGAAAACAUUCUCCGAGCAAUUCACCGGCGGAAAGAAUCCGGCUAUUAAGUAUCGGAACUUCAUUGGAUGACUGGGAUUGGGAUGAACGAUGGGUUACAGUGAGAAUCAAUAGUCCUACGGGGAACAUAAUUAGCAUCGACAAUGAAGAAUGUAAUUUGAUUAAUGUUGAUUAUCCCACAUGUAAAUUUACCAAUAUCUCUGCAUUAUUCAGAGAUCUUGAUCUUUUUAAUAAUAGAAUGUUCUGUUAUCUACAUUUUCUGUGGCAUUGCAGGAGAAAUAGCUCCAAGGGAUGGUCACUAGUAGGUCUUUGUCCUAUCAAGGAUAAGGGGCACAACCUAUAGGGUAGUACCGAAACGGGGUUCAUCUUCUAUAAGUUCUUCGGCUUACAUGUCCACACUCAUGGGAGAAGCAGAAUGCCACCCUCCAAUCCUGGUCAAUGCUGAUACCUGUUGGUGAAAUAUUAAUGUCAUUAAUAUUAAUAUUAAUAUUAAUGCAGCACAGAUGGUCAAUGUUUAUACACAGACCAGUGAAAUAUUAAUGUUAUUAGGUUUUUAUCUCUGUGUAUGCUUGUUGUAGAUUUACAGGCCAUGUAUGUCCAAGAAAUCUGUGAAGAAAUUCAAUGUUGCUUG